GCCUCCCAACCAAUUCACCGUCUCAACCCUUGAAGUUGAGUUUGUGUCCCAGUAUUCAUACGAUUUGUCAUCCUCGAUUUCGCGUCAAGCGCUUGAUCCCCUCAACAUUUUAGAUACUCUCUGAUUUUAUCUUCUAGGCCGAACCCAGUCAAGAAUCAAGACGAGCAGUUCCAAUUUCGAGUCAGCUUUGAUUUGAAGCUUAUCUUUUCGCCCUGCUUAAAGGGAAUACGCAAGAUAUGGCGACGACUAGGUCAUCGAAUCCUUCCUCCGAUGACAUAAUCGAUUCGACGCCAUUCAUAGCAAAUUCAGGCGGUUCUUCCGACGAAUUCAAUUCUGGCCGGCGAUUUGUUCGCAGGCAGAGCCUGCGCCAAGCGGCUCGGUUCCUGAGGCAGGCCAGUGGGCGUAGGAUGAUGCGCGAGCCAUCGAUGCUGGUCAGAGAGACUGCAGCUGAGCAAUUGGAGGAGAGACAGGGCGAUUGGGCUUAUUCUAAACCCGUUGUGAUCCUUGAUAUUAUUUGGAACUUCGUCUUUGUUGUUGUGGCUGCUACGAUUUUAAUUUUGAGUCGAAGCGAGUCGCCGAGCAUGCCUUUGAGGUUGUGGAUUGUGGGCUACGCUCUGCAAUGUAUCCUUCACGUGUUCUGCGUUUGCGUUGAAUAUAGGAGACGGAGGCGGCUCCGGCGGCGCCAGUUUACACCAUCCUUGGAUGCAGCGCAUGGAAGGACGGGCAGCGGUGGGAAUCUGAGUCUGGGUUCGAGAGAUGGUUCUGGGCACUAUGUGGCAUUGGCGCAAUUCAACGAGGAAGAGGGUACAAGUGUAGCAAAGCAUUUGGAGUCAGCAAACACAAUGUUUUCAUUUAUCUGGUGGAUCAUCGGAUUUUACUGGGUAUCAGCUGGUGGUCAAUCUUUAGUCCUCGAUUCUCCAUUUUUAUACUGGUUAUGUAUAGCUUUCCUGGGUUUCGAUGUUUUCUUCGUUGUAUUCUGUGUUGCGCUGGCAUUCAUCAUUGGUAUUGCUGUAUGCUGCUGUCUUCCAUGUAUUAUUGCACUUCUAUAUGCCGUUGCAGACCAGGAAGGAGCAUCAAAAGAAGACAUUGAGCAAUUGCCUAAGUUCAAAUUCCGAAGAAUUGACAAUGAAGAGAAAGUUGCUGGUAGUGCACAAGAACGAGUUGGUGGAAUAAUGACUGAAUGCGGCACUGAUUCACCGAGUGAACACAUUCUUUCUGAAGAGGAUGCGGAAUGCUGCAUCUGUCUAUCUGCUUAUGAUGAUGGCGUUGACCUUAGAGAACUUCCUUGUGGUCACCAUUUUCACUGUGCCUGUGUGGACAAGUGGCUGUACAUUAAUUCUACUUGUCCUCUCUGCAAGUAUAACAUCUUGAAGAGAAUCAACCAAGAGGAAGCUUAGUGGACCCAAAAAAUUUUCUAGCACUCAUGUUGAUGAAUAGGUAUAUUUGUUGUCCGGGUGUGUUAUGCACAGCAUGUUAAUAUACUUCAAUCCAGGCCAAUUUGGCAUUGGCUUUGAGUUGGUGGGUGUAUUGAGCUUGUUCAGUGCAUUUGUGCCAGAAUUAUCUUGAGGCGAUAUGCUGUUAAUGUGAAUGUAGUAUGUGAAUACUUAUCAAGUCACCCUAGUUGGCUGUAUGAUCUGUAAAUUCACCACUGGACGUUGUUCGGUCUCAUGUGCCUAUGUUGAGUGUUGUUAGGUUCUUAUAAUAAAGACAGUAGAAAGAGAAAGGUUUGAGUGCAUGUAAGAAAUGACAGGCUGUUGGGCAAUUUGACUGUGACUUGUGUUUUUAGUA